AUGUUGGAGGUAGAAGCCGGGCCGUCCAUUAAGCGGGCUAGAUUAGAUGAUAAUCGGAGGAAGCAACAGUGUCUAAAAGAUGGGUGUAAAAUGGAGUUUGUUUCGUUCUACACCACCAGAAAGGAUCAUGAAAGAAUCAUGAGAAUUGGGGUAAGUGGCAAAGGCUGCUUUGUAUAUAGUCACGGUAUGGUAUGAACCAUACUAACUAUCCAAUAUGUAUUUGGAAAAGAAAAAUUUUUUUUUCUUGUCCGAAUUUAUUAGAGGUCCCAACAGACCACACAAAGUUCCACAAUUUUCAGAUGGUGUCCUCCAGAUACAUCAAGCUCACACGUCAUCAGUACACUACUGAACACGCCGGCAUCGCCUCUCAUCCCGAUGAUGCCGGACUCUACUGCCGUUGGCGUGAUCUAAGCGUACCAAUCUUAUCCCUUGCGAAGUUGAAGCUUUUUCUCUCUGUAAGCCUUGAUCGGAACGUUCAGCUGUUCGAGGUCAUGUUUUGCACGCCAACGGAAGUUCUGGCAACGCCGAAAAUGGUUGCAAAUCUUGCGUCUUUCCUGGCGAGGAAGUAUCCCAACGCCGCCUUCUCAGUUCACCUGCAGGAUCGCCGAAUCCCGGGAUGGUAUCUGUACCCAUUUCUGACACACUUGCCAAAAAUUGCGGAGAUUAGUUGUUUCUACCGCGAUAUCCCUUAUCUGCCUCGUAUCAAGCUCAAGCAGCUCACUAUUGGUCACAAUUGCGGCUGUUAUGAGAGUCUUUGUAAGUUGGGCGUAGAGUACAGAAAAACCGUAUAUGAAAAUAUCUAUAUGUAUAUGAAUCUUAAACGUCCCAAAGACAUAUGACAUUUCAGACAUUGCACCAGUCUUCUCCGUCCCAGCCGAAGAAAUGUUUCUGGAUUUCCUAAGGCUUGAUCAAUUUUAUGAAAACAUGUAAGAUAUUAGUUAGCUUGGUAAUAUAUUAGCAAGUGAAAUACCUCAAGUGCGACGCUCAGAUUUGCCUUAAAUUCUGCGCAUACGUAGGCGAUAUAUCAAUUCUUGAAUGUUUUAGCCCACCCUUUGCAAGAGUGGCCGAGAUAUUAUUCAACGAUAUUUGCCGUCUAGAGCGUACACAAAACGUGCAGAGCGAUCAGGCAGAAAACCCCUUUUUGGUCGGAUCUUUGCCAAUUUCGCAUGAAAAAAAACGAAAUUUUUCUGGAAACAUUACUCUCUGCGGUAGAAAAAGACAAAAGAUUUCAUGGCAAAAUUAUAAUACUAUAAUUCUCUCCAAUUUCCGAACUAAAAAUCGCAUGUUUUUUCUGUGAAGCGCGAGCUCGGUGUCGCGCAUAUGCCCGAGGAAAAGAUUAGUCUUAAUUUGUGCCAAGUUUUUAUCAAAAUCUGACGGCCGCACUUGGAUUACUUCCCCUGUGAAAAGCUCUUUCAAUUCCAUGUAACUUUUCUGCAGAUUCCCCGUUCAGCCAGCGUUGAUUCGCAUGCAAAGCAAGAUCAACCUUCUGGCUCCAUUAUGCGCAGACUUCUAUCAGGACAUCUUUGAGAACUUGCAGCAAGGCUUGCCGAAUCUACGGACCAUUUCAAGCAGUCAAAUUCUUCGAUCUAACGACUUGAUUAGCGAUAAGGGAACGGUAAGUUUUGCAUGGGAAAAACUCAUGGGAUUUCGAUGAAACAGCCUUUACUAAGAAGUUUUUUACUUUAUCCGUGAUCGUAACAUUCCCUAAUUUUCAGAUAAAUGAAGUUCCCUUCCAACAUCUGGAGCAGAUCUCGGAGCACUCGCACGUCAAACUUGCCAUUACAAUACAUCUUCUUUUGAGCUCAACGUGUGCCAAGCAUUUUAUUCUGCUGCUCCGAGCCCGUCUCAACAGUUUCACCGUUGUGAAGGACAAUUUUCAUGGCGCGUGGUACCGAAGUCUCGUCAAGAACAAGACCCGUGUCAACUUUGUUAUCACGGCCGCCAGGAUGGUCGGAGAAUUUGUGAAUAUUGUGCCAAACCAAUGA